GAAACGUGAAGGGAACACAUUGUCUUCAAGGCCAAUAUUUCUCAGGACUAAAAUAUAAAUGGAUUGGAAGUUUCUUGAAGAUCUUCUCAGUGGAGUCAACAAGUACUCCACUGCAUUUGGACGGAUCUGGCUGUCCGUGGUCUUCGUCUUCCGCGUGCUCGUCUUCGUGGUGGCGGCGGAGAGAGUAUGGAGCGAUGACCAGGGACAUUUCGACUGCAAUACGCGCCAGCCCGGUUGCACCAACAUCUGCUACGACUACUACUUCCCCAUCUCUCACGUCCGCUUAUGGGCCCUCCAACUCAUUUUCGUCACCUGCCCAACCUUCUUGGUCGUACUCCACGUGGCGUACAGAGAAGAGCGAGAACGCAAAUACAGAGUCAAGCACGGUGAAGAUACACGACUUUACGAUAACCCGGGACAGAAGCACGGUGGCCUGUGGUGGACAUACUUAAUGAGUUUGUUCAUAAAGACUGCAUUUGAGGUCACAUUUCUUUACACGCUUCACUACAUCUACAAUACGUUCAGAGUGCCACGGAAAGUCCAAUGUGAUGUGAGCCCAUGUCCCAACCUGGUGGAUUGUUAUAUAGCUCGGCCUACGGAGAAGACGGUGUUCACGUAUUUCAUGGUGGGCGCAUCCGUAGUGUGUAUCAUUCUAAAUGUUUGUGAGAUUUUCUACUUGAUUGCGGCGCGUGCAGUGACCAUGAAGCAAAGAGGGAGUGUCCAUACCAAGUGUGACAAGAUUUUGGAUUAAGAUGGCCACUACUUAAAGACUCCAGUACACGAAUUGAAGACAAAUGUUGAUUUUUGAAUAUAUAUAUAUUUUUUUUCUUUUCAUGUUAACACAUUUUAUAAGCCUGUAUUAUUUAAAAAAAAAUCUUGAUCUUUUAGACAUGUUGUAGUCUAAUGAAUGUAUUGAUGAAUAUGCCAGAAUUUGAAACUGUGGCUGUCCCCCAUUUUCAUAUUAUAAUCAGGUUUUCUUUGCAUAAUAACAACACUUACAAUGUCCAUAUUUUGUAGUUUGAUUUUGAUAAAUGUUCA